AUGCCACACUCGAGACGGUACCCGUCCUCAGAAAGGGCCAGCCGGAGCAGCUAUCAAGACCGAGACAGAGGACGCAAGCAGAGGCACCGCAGAUCGCCCUCUUUUUCCUCUAGCAGUGACCGGGAUAGAGACAGAAGGGGACGGGGAAACCGACAGGAGGGAAGCUACGCUCGCUCCAGGAGGUGUGUUUGUAUGGUUGUAUUAUAUUUGUGUACUUGCAUACUAAAUAGUUGGUAUGGAAGCUUUUGUACUGUAUGAUAGUUUAUCUGGUAUAAAUGUUUUUUUUAAAACUCUCAAUAGGUUAAUGUACCAGUAUCAGAGUGCUCUGAUGGCAUUCAUUGAAUAACGUGUAACCUGAGUUUCAACAAUGUGCCGCCUUAAAUGGUCAAAGACACCACUGCUCUAAGCCGUUGUGUUGGGUGCUUCUGUUGCAGCUACGAUAAUCGUUCGGCAGACCGCAGGCCAUACGACCGACGCUAUUGUGAGGGCUACCGGCGCCUGGACCAGAGCCGCGAACGAGACCGCGGAAACCGGGAAAGGGAACAUGGAGGUGCACCAGCAGCAGCCGACGGUUACUACGCACGUGACUUCUCACCGAACAUGUGCGACUACCGGCGGGGGCGCGAGAGGGAACGGGAGGAGUCGUACCGAAGGAAGGGCAGCAGGCGUAAGCACAAACGAAGGCGGCGUAGAACCAGGUCCUAUAGCCCAUCCUCCUCGGUGAGUACAGCCCGGCCCGAGCUUGUCCUUUAACCCUCCCGCUCCUUUCUUUCUAUCUUUCUCUACUCCUCUCUUUCCCUCAUGUCUUUCUGUCUCUACUUCUCUAUAACCUUCUUGUCCACAGCUCCUGGACUUGGUAAGUAGUACAAUCUUUUUUGUUUUGUUUUUGUCAGCAGGAUUUGAAUAGUUUUGUCUUAGUUAAUUCCAGAUUUACCUUCUACAAUCUUCUCAUAAAAUGUGUUGUGUAGUGAGACAUUGACUGUUUUUGGACACACGUUGUGGAUAAAGCAUAAUCCACAUUCUCUCCUUCUGCGUUAAGUAGACAAAUGAGAGAGGGGACCAUAGGGUGGGAUGUAUCUAUGUAUUACUGAUUUUAAUCUUGAAGAACUAUUUUCUGCUUGAUUGCCUUAUCAUCCUCUCAUUUUAUUUGUUUUCUUGGGAAGUACUCUGCUUCAUUUUAUGUGGGCAAUAUCAUAGCUUGAUGUAGAUAUUUUUGGUAUUUUAUGAAUUGGCUUUUUGUUCAUGAAUGGAUAUGCAGGUUGCUUCCUUAUUUGUAAUAACACGGGUUAAAAGGUAGAGGGGGAGAGAAGCAGAGGACAAAAUGUGAUCUUUGACUUGUUCCCUUGCACUAUAUCCCUAUCGUUAUAUAUUUCCUCACGUGGUGUCAUACGAAUCGCCCUAUGACCACCAAACCCACCUACAACCACUACGUCAACUACAACAUCACCCUCCUCCUCCCUCCUCCUCUACCUGUGCCGCCUUCCAUCGCCGUGGCUACGGCUGCCCCUGAAAACCCCCUGUCCCCUGUCGGUCGUGUCGUGACCUGCUAAUGCCGUGGGGGCUGAAAACAGCGGAGUGACAGCCGGACGCGGGCACUGAGUGUGAGGGACGACGAGGAAGGGCACCUGAUCUGUCGGAGUGGGGACGUCCUGCAAGAGAGAUGUACUCACUGCCACUACUCUAUCGUAACCCUUCUCCAUAUGAGUAUUUAAAACCAUAGAGCAUUCACUGACAGGGGAAUGCCUGAUGAUGAUGCCAUGGUAGAAUGCUGUUGGCUCUAGCUCAAAAAGCAGGGUGGAUAGCACACAUUUUUUUGAGGAUACCGGUUUUAGAUAAAUACUGCUCGUUGUGUUGAGGCUAUCCCACUGUGGUUUUAUAUCAGAAAUAUUAGAUUUUUUCCCUAACACAGCAUAUCCUUUUAACUUCUUAAUUGUCUCUCUUGCGCUUUAGUUUAAACUCAAGUCCAGGUCUAAAUACAUGUAUUUUUUAGUAAUACUUUCAUUGGGAAAAGCAAUUAGGAACGUUUAUGUUUUGAAUAGUUUUCCAACCCCUCAUCUAGCCCUUUCCUUCAAAACUAACAUGAGGCCUACCUAGUAAACAUCCAUAGGGCCUCUACAACAUUUAAGUUGUCUGCAGUGUUGCAUUUUUGAUGCUACACUUUAUAAAAUUAUUUUUAGUGGUAAAUUAAGAGCAUGAUUUAUAUGGUUAAAAACCACAUUAUGAUCCAUGAUCUCAUAACACCCACCCACCUCUUAACAUAUAGUUUUACCAUUUUCCAGCUCGCAUCCCUGGCAUGACUUGUAUGUUAUCUUCCAGUUUGAAACCACAUUUAUUUGCUUAGUGUGCACAUUAACACUUAUUUCACAAGUUUUGCUUGAGUGGGUUUUUCAAUUACAUAGGUUAACCAGUAAAACCCAACACAUUUCUCUCUCCUGACGCCCUUGCUCUAAAAUAGGCACACCACCACAACAUCUGUAGGAAUAUACUUUUUUGUUUUCCUUCCUAUAGGCUGCUGGGGGGCACUCUAAAUUUUUCCCAUUAUUUGUUCUGGUAGUGUGUGGACCCCAAUUAUCAUAGGUUAUCUAGGACCGUGUAAAAGUAAAGAUUUUCUUUAGGCAUUCCAUUUGUCCACAACCUGAAAAGGGGGAUGGGUGCUAGCAUUGAAACGCCUGUCACUUUUUUUGCCUUGGUGUCCCUGCUCUGGUCCACAUGUCUAAUUCUUCUCUUCCCUUCUUUCCCGCUCUCUUUCCCGCUCUGUCUGUCUUCCAGAUGAGAUUGUCAGCACUCUGGGGGAAGGCACCUUUGGGAGGGUGAUGCAAUGUAUUGACCAUCGUCGGUAUGUAUCCACAUAAAAACAACUGCUCUGACUGUUAGCUGGUGGCCCUUUAAAGCCUCCGGAGUCCUAUUUUUUUUCUCUUAAGUGUUCCCUCUCCCUGCACUAGGUGUUUACUAUUUACAAACAGUAGUUCUAGAGUUAGAGCCCUCCUCCUUCAGCUGAUCCUGUUAUUCCAUCAUGUCGUGGCCGUUUGCUGAGGGUGGAUUAGCGCCUGCACUUAGGCUGAAUAUAGACCUCUGUGUGCUUCCCUAUGGGCCCUGGUCAAAAGAAGUGCACUAUAAAGGAAAUGAGUUGCCAUUUGGGACGCAGCCUCUGCCUCGCUCACCCUCCCUUUAAUUAUGGAAGAGCGUCGUCACUCCGUGCCAGUAGAAAUGCAAACCAUGCGCGGCAAUGAUACCCCGUGCAAAUUUGUUCCUUGCUAAUGUCCCUGCCUAUGCUCCCUUAAGCACAAUACGAGUUUGAACUUUAAUGUGAUAAAGCCAUACUUAAUUUUGGGAACAUAACAUGUUGCAUAAUCAACAUGCAAGGACAAGGGAAUAUAAUUUACUCAUCUCAAUACAGUUUGCUUGUAUGAAAUAAUGUGGAAUUGCAUGGCUUUGAGACCCUAUUUUCUCAACAAGGUUAUAGAAUUGGACAAAUUAAAGAGACUGAAAUAUCUGUUUUCAAAAGCUAUCUUUAGGGUAUCCAUCUUUUUUUAGCUACCAAACCUGUGACACCAGGUUCCCAAGCAACGGCACUAACUUGGGUUAUGUAGAUGGACCUACUUUAGGGAAUCACAGCUUUGCACCAUAAGGUAUUCCCUCAUGUAUUGUGUGUCUAUAUUCAUAUGUGGUGUGGUUAGUUAUAUCUUUGUCAUGCAUACUGUAUGUGUCUUACAGGGGAGGGGCCGCUGUUGCUCUGAAGAUCAUAAAAAAUGUGGAGAAAUACAAGGAAGCAGCUCGUCUGGAGAUCAAUGUGCUGGAGAGAAUCAAUGAGAAGGACCCGGAAAACAAACAGUGAGUAGCCUACUACUGACUCAGACCACUACGGUGUAUUGUUCAGUACCAGGGAUUUUUCUGCCAUUUAAAUACUUGGGCGGGCCACCUAAGCGUUUUUUCAGGUCGGCUGAGUCAAAACAGUGUACUUUUUAAAAACAAAUAAUUACAUUCCUUUUCUGAAUGGAAAAACACUUUCAGUGUAAAAUUAAAUGACUAAAAUCAGAUAUAAAGUAUGUAGAAAAUAAUGGACCUGUAUAUUUUGAAGUAAUAUAAUCUUUGAGAACUAACAAUCACUAAAAUAAAAGCUAGACAGUCAGGGAGACUUGAAAAUUCCAAAAACAAUGAAUUUAGCAGUAUUGAUUUUAUUAGGUUUGAGCAAAAGAGGCUUAUUAGGUUUAACAUUUUGAGCUUUUUAAACUGCACAAUUUUCUCUCAGCUCCAUGGCAAACUGUUUAGAAUUGCAGGAAAUUAGCAUUAAAACUGCACAAAUGUAUCUCGGCUCCAUGGAUAAAUCUGUAGAAUUGCAUGAAGUUGGCUUAAAAAUGCAAGCAUUUCUCUACAUCACUGAGAUGGGGGGCCUCAGAAAUUCAGCCUUGCUGACCAUGCCCAUUGCCACACCCACCACCUAAACACCUUUUUGAUCCAGAAAAAAACCUGAUUACACACGAUCCUGUAUCAUUUUGUUUUUAUUGAAUUAUGUUUGCUUUGUUAGUUACAUGUAAUAUGUAACCCCUCUCCUCAUCUUUCCUCCCAGCCUGUGUGUGCAGAUGUAUGACUGGUUCGACUACCACGGCCACAUGUGCAUCUCCUUUGAGCUGCUGGCCCUCAGCACCUUCGACUUCCUCAAGGAGAACAACUACCUGCCCUAUUCCAUCGCCCAGGUCCGACACAUGGCCUACCAGCUAUGCCUGUCUGUCAAGUGUAAGUUUAUAUAUUGAUUUGUUUAUUUUUAAAAAUGAUUGCCUUUAUUUAAACGGGUAAGUCAUUGAGAACACAUUUUCUUUCACAAUAACAGCCCGAGAUAAGUGCACUCAGAUACUAGCAGUCAACUAGUCAUAAUUCUCGCUCCAAAGCCUGGCUGUCAAUUGUAAGUGCACUCCGAUAUUACGCUACUAUCUUGUAUUUAUUGCCUUUAUUUAACCAGAUGAGUUAUCAAGAGCACAUUCUCUUUAACAAUUUCAACAUGACCUACCAACUGGCAUAAGUCUCACUCCAACAACCAAUGCCCUACAUAGACCCCAAACACUACCAUCACACAAUCCUUCAUUCAUUCCUUUUUGUUGAUUUAGCCUCCCCCUCCUUACUCACCUAGAGAGAGGUUGGAAUUGGAAUGUAAGGCCACCAUUGUUUGCAAUAAGAAGCCUUUAGCCACAUAAGGGCAUCGUUGGUUCAACCGUGGACCACCAUCGAAUGUGAAUGGCUGUUGGGAUUUUAACUGGGAUUUUCUCCUCACAGUUCUUCAUGAUACCAAGUUGACGCACACAGACCUGAAGCCAGAAAACAUCCUGUUUGUCAAUUCUGACUUCACUAUGACCUAUAACGUAGAGAAGGUGAGACGAGGAGUCAGACCUCAGGAUAAUAGGCUUUCUGCAGAGCCUGUUUUGCUUUCAUAGGAUGCAUCCCAAAUGGCACCCUAUUCCCUAAUAGUGCACUACUUUUAACCAGGGCCUGUUCAAAAGUAGUGCACUACAUAGGGAAAUGGUUGCCAUUUGGGACAGAACCUGAGUGUCAUCGCAAAUGCUUUGGCAGUCAGAUAUUGCCUGAAGUGCAAAUGAUGAUUAGGCCUAAAUGUCCCAAAGCAAAACAAAUGGGAAACAGGUAUGGUUUAAUGUCAGAAGCAUGAAAAUAGAUAAUGUCAAGGUUACUAGAUAUCAGGAAUGGACUAAUCAAGGUGUCACUGACUAGCCCCUUGUCUAAAAGUUUAGCUUUACUUGUUUCAUGAGGUUUGAAAUCAAGUUUGUGCAUUCUGCCUUUAAAAAAAAAAGAAGAAAACAAAGUUCUAAACCAUGUCCUUUUCACCUUCCUCCCUACAGAAGCGCGACGAGCGGACAGUGAAGAGCACAGACGUACGGGUGGUGGACUUUGGCAGCGCCACGUUUGACCACGAGCACCACAGCACCAUCGUCUCCACAAGGCACUACCGCGCCCCGGAAGUCAUACUAGGUGAGUGACCUCCCACUUCAGACUCCAGAGUUACCCCUAUCUUCCUUCAGGCCAGUUAGAUGAACAAUUGGAUGAGGACUUUUCUAAACUAAGGGUGGUGUAACCACUACAUUGGCAAUGCACUGCUAUAGUCUGUCUGGUUGCUUCAAUUGGGCGAGGAGGGCUAUUCUAAAACAGAGGGGGUGUUCCUUGGCAGUGGCAUUGAACUGCCAUAGUCUGCCAGUUCUGUUCCAGUCAGGCAGACACUGAACAACAAUCCACAGUCAGACACUAAGCACAGUUGACCGGCUUUAGUGCAUGAGAUGAGAAAUAGUUGAGUGUGCUUGCUCAGAGUUGAGCUGGGUUGAUUGUCUUUUCACAUACUUUCAAAGCUCAAGGUGUAAACUUACCCUUGGCCUCCUUGUUCUAUUUAAAGAAAUUCAAUCUUCACCCUCUUGAUCUACAAUGCUUGUUGUGAAGUCACAACCAAUGUUUAGGCAGAAAGCUGCUGCUGCUGAAACUUUGGUUGUUGCUUUUGGUAAAUCGAAGCACUGGAGCAAGCGUGUGAGGCUAGGGUCUUUAAAUUGAACUUUUUUUAUUCGGUUCCACCAGCCUACACAGCACCAAUUCAGAUGUGCAUUAAACAAUAAGGGGCCAUUUCCUGGACACGGAUUAAGCCUAGUCCUAUACUGAAAAGCAAGCUAAAUGGAGAAUCCCAAUUGACAAUACUUUUUAGUCCAGGAUUAGGCUUAAUCUGUGUCCGGGAAACCACCAGAAUAUUUGUUUACCCAUUCUGUGUUUUGUCCUGUAGAGCUGGGCUGGAGCCAGCCUUGUGAUGUGUGGAGCAUCGGUUGCAUCCUGUUCGAGUACUACCUGGGCUUCACCUUGUUUCAGGUAAAACCCCACUUCCCUUCCCAACCCCAUGCUGUCUGUGGCGACAGCUGCCUCCAAGAUUUCUCGGAGUCUGGUCGAUUCAGGUUGUCAGGAGUGAAAGAAGCCCAGAAUGGCUUGCUGCCUGGUCACUUGGAUUGGUCAGCCCGGAAUCGGACCAGUAUCACACCAACAUGUGUACCCACAAAUACAUUCGCACACUCUGAGCCAGAGACCGCAGCAGAUAAACACAGCUGCUAAUCCUAUUGGGAUCAACCCUUGGUUGAGGUUGUCCUCCGUGUUCUGAGUUUUGCCUGGCUACCAUAGGUGAUAGCUCUCACAUUCUAUUCUGCUCAUUCUGUUCAAAGCUCUCAACUUCAGACACAUUUUACUCUGUUAUCAGUAAAAUUGUUGCAAGAUAGGUGAGGUCUCUAAUGCUGUAUGUUGGCAAAGGUCUAGUUGCUGAUAUCCACUAUCUACAUUUAUGGUCAUUUAUACACUAAAAGAGAUGAAUGGUGAUGAAAGAGAUGACAUUAAGAUUUACCUUUGCUAUUUUGUUUGUUCAUCCCUCCCUCAGACUCAUGAUAACAGGGAGCAUCUGGCCAUGAUGGAGAGAAUACUGGGGCCGGUGCCCUCCAGGAUGAUACGCAAGACAAGGUCAGAACUCGCACACGACCAGGUGCAUCUGUGUAGUUGUAGGUCAAAAAGUAAUCCAUCACACACCCCCAUAGUGUUGUUUUGUCUAGUGUCUAGUUGUUGACGCAGAGCAUCAAAGUAAAGUUGUGGGUUUAAGCCACAUCAAAGGGCCUGUUAGUAAUAGGCUGGACAAUAGAACAAGUCAAAAUUCACCCAAGGCUGAAAAAUGGCCAAAGGAAGUUGGCUGAGCUGGAACACUAAUGUGAGGCAAUAGCUAAUUAAUUGAAACUAACCUUCGCAGAGCCUCUUCUGACUGGAGUGAUGCUUAGAAUUACAUUUCCCCUAAAUGGCUCAAAAUAAAUUAUCCCUUUUUAUUUUACCACUACAAUCUGUUCUUAGGACGAAACUGGGGGGGAAAAAACAUUUUACAUUUUAGUCGUUUAGCACACUCUUAUCCAGAGCGACUUACAGUUAGUGAGCGCAUACAUUUUUUUUUUUCAUACUGUGUAGGAAAAAAAAACGUGUGUAGAAAGUAAACAUCCGCACCUCGACGGUGUCAACUGUGCUUAUGUCUGCGUAAUGAGGAAGUAGGGAAAAAAUGAAAACAUCUGACUAUUUCUGGUCUAGUGAUCGAUGACAACCGAGCUCGCUGCCCAGACAACAAUGGUCCAUAUAUCCUUUAACCAAAAACACCAUACAUUAGUUAAUUAUUUAAAAAAACUUUCUUAAGAUGGGUAACAUUAUCUGCCAAAGUCACACCCCCUUAAAACACCAAUCGGCUAAAAAGCUAGGAUGGGGCUGGAGAAAUGUAACCACUACAAUGUACAGACAGAUUAUUUUAUUUAGCAAACAUUCUUAUCCAGAGCAAUUUUCAGGAGCAAUGAGGUUAAGUGCCUUGCUCAAGGGCACAUCGACAAAUGUUUGCCUAGUCUGCUCAGGGAUUCGAACACUCAACCUUUGGGUUACAUUGUUCAUUGUUAUGCUGUAAAUGGCUAUUUUAUGGUUGCAAGUGAUAGAAUUAACUAACAAAUAUUGUAUAUUUUGCAAUUCUGAGUAAAUAAUACUUCAGUAAGGAUAUACACUUUAUUCAGUGACCUUAGGUAUAGAAACUGAUGGUCAGAUCAAUACAUGGCUUCGAAAAAUGUUGUUUCAAUUGCUAAAUAAUUCCAAUAGAUGGCAGCAUAAGACCACAAAUGAAAUCUCAGAAGAUCCGUUUUCUUUCCCUGGAUACAUUUUUCUGCUCCCUCAAAAGCAACACAGGCCUAAUACAAGAGAUAUAUCUGUAAAGUAAUGAGUAACCAUUUUAGAAAAUCAUGGGACAUAGUUUUUGGUUGCAUGCUAUUUUAUGUCAAUCAUAUUGCUGCUAUAGACUAUAACUGAUGCUUUGUGGUCUUGUGCUGCCAUCUAUUGGAAAUAUUUAGCAAUUAAAAGUUAUUAAUUCACAUAAAGACAUUGGUGAGGCAGCUGAGAAAUAGUGUAUGUUUCUUAUUAAUACCUGAGAUCAGUCUCAAACCUGCCCCACCUAUCCCAGUCAAUUGCUGGACUUUCACAUAGGAGUUACUAUGUCACACCCAGUUCAAACCACAUCAAGUAUUCUGCCUAUCAUAAAAUAACUAAUAACAACAACAAAAAACAGCAAAAUGCUUACAUAGGUUUUGAUUAAAAAAAUAACAAUCAAUGCUAUUUAGUACUAUAAUGGUAUUUACUAACGUAAUAUUAUUAUUAAAAUCGUUUCUAAAAAUGUUCUAGGCUACCCUACCCAAGAAUUAGGGUUAAGGCUAAAAUAGGUUAUCCAUAUUGUUAGGGGUUAGGGCUAAAAUAGGUUAUACCUAGGGUUAAGGCUAAAAUAGGUUAUAGUAGGUUUAGGGUUUUUAGGGCAAAAAACAGUGUGUUUAUAGCUCGCUUGCUCCUCCCUGUGGCCUUCUGUGGGUACUACAAAACUCAUUUGUGACCCUUGCUAGGCUCAUAAUCUGAGGUAGCAACUAUGAGCUAGACCUAUCCAUUUGGUUUGCAACUCAGUGAACCUGCGCAGCAUUCGCUCAAUUCGAUGCCUACGAACGAACAGAUUUCGACGCAUAUCAAAUUACCCAUAAGCUAUUUAGUUUUAAUUAAAAAUGUAUUCUGGCUGUUUAAAUCAGCCACAUCUUGAAAAAGGGACAUACGUUUUGUUUAGGUUUACACCUUUUUCUGAAAAAAAAUAUGGUUAACCAUGACCAGAAAAUGUUUGAUGGCUAUGUGCCAGCCAUCGCUAGCACUGUGGGUCAACACAAUGUGUACCCAGGCAAACAGUGAGCUUGCUCACCAAUAGCCGUAACUUGGUUAAUAAUAAGUUGCCUGAGGUAAGCCUACGAGUUUAACGUGGGCAGGUCUCAUUGCCAGCAAUAGCGAAGCAGGCAUUGUGAUGCAGAACAAUGCCUGGGAAUAUACAUUUCGGAAGGCGAGUUGGUGCCACGGUGCUCAAUAGAACUAAUAGGAGCUGGCAGGGUGAAAAAUGCCCUAAAAUAAGGCCUGUUUUUAUCUCUAUAUGCCACUCUUCCUCAAUCUUUGCAAUAAUUUCUCUCUCCCCUUAACUCAGGAAGCAGAAAUAUUUUUACCGUGGCCGUCUGGACUGGGACGAGAGCUCGUCAGCUGGGAGAUACGUGAGGGAGAACUGCAAACCCUUACGGGUAAGAGAACAGCUCCUUUUCCCUCCCUUGUGUAUCACCCCACUACUUAUCUUCUUUCCCCUCUACUUCCCAUUCACCCCCUCAUGUCGGCUUAACCAGGGAUUUCUGAUAUCAAUCUCUAUUUAGACAUUAUUAAAAUGAACCCUAACCCCCAAUCUAGUAUCCACAUUUUCCUGAUUUUCAUUAUGCUGAUCACAUCUCUAUAUGCUCUCUCAGAGGUACCUGUUGUCAGAGGCCGAGGAGCACCAUCGGCUGUUUGACCUGAUUGAGAGCAUGCUGGAGUACGAGCCCGCUAAGCGCCUGGCCCUGGCAGACUCCCUCAGACACCCUUUCUUCGAAUCGGGGACAGCAGGCGAUGCGGUGGGGGGGAAGAGCUGGGAGGGCAACCGCGACAUCAGCCGGUGACCCCGUGACCUCCACACUCUUCUUUUAUCCUUUUAAAUUUUUUACAGACUCUUAACGAUAGAGCGAUUUAAGGUGGAGCAGACCGAUAUGACCACUUAAGGCGGUACGGCCAAAUUUGAUGGGCCUGACCAGUCUGUCUGAAAUCCUUUGGUCAUUCAUCACAGCAUGGACCUGUUUCCUCCUGCUUACUGUACUGCCCCCACCCAUCUCCACAGUUAGGAGAGAGGCUCAUGCUGGCAGCUAGAAGACCAGAAGGACUUCAGAAGAAGACAGACCUCUACUUAGUCCUCUCGGCUUCUGCUCCAACAGAAGACAAAUGACCAAGAGAGGAGUUUUUAGCCCAACCUUAAACUACCCAG